AUCGGUGGUGGUCGUCAUUAUAAAGACGACGACAAGAGGCAGGAAGGAAGCUCCAUAGAUUGUUAAGGAUUUCUCCCCAAAAACAGUUCCGGCGAUAUUUUCAUGUCCAUCUUGCCUUUACAAAAUCUAGAUCCAGCAUCCUCUUCUUCCUCGCGUGCACCGCUAUAUCAAAACCCUAAUUCACAACAUGGCGACGACGUCAUCUUUCAAUCCCAACAUCCAGGGAUCUCACCAUCUCUUCUCCGCCAAAAUGAAUCUCUCGAAUCGCUUCGCCUUUCUGAUUUCCAGUCUUCAAUUGGACCACCCAAUACUUCAGGAUUGCUGGCUUCACCUGCACAAAGUCCUUCUUGUCAAAAGGUCAAAUCUGUAAAGCUGAAUGUGAAGAAGUCUGUGGUUCACCAAAAGGGUGACGGGAAUUCUUGGGAUGAUGUUGCACGAGGAAGUUUUUCUUCUUCUCAACGCAGUCCUUCCUCUCAGGCUGUUGUAUCGUCAACUAGACAAGAGAUGGGUCAUGUCAGCUCCCAGUCGAAUGCUAUGCAUUCAUCUGGAAGGAAGACUCGGAUGGUGAAUGGAAACCACUUGCUGAAUUUCCACUAUGAUCCUAUUUCUCGUGCACAACCUAGGGCUCCUCCUGCAAGAAGAGCAGAAAAGAGAAAGCCUUACAAUAAAGAUUUGUUCCUUCAAGCGAAUUACACUUUUGUUGUGCUGGACUCUGGUGACCACCAACCUGAGUUACUAAAUCCAGACAAGAUGUUACAGUGGGAGGAUAUUUUAUGUGUGAGGUUUUCUACACCUUCUCCUGUGCAUUGUCCAAUAUGUUUAGAAACUCCUCUCUGUCCACAGAUAACGUCGUGUGGUCACAUAUUCUGUUUUCCCUGUAUUUUACGCUACUUCUCACUGGGAGGAGACGAUCACAACAGUGAAAUCUGGAAGAAAUGCCCCUUAUGUUUUACAAUGAUAUCUUCAAAGGAUCUUUGUACCAUCCAUGUUGAAUAUGUUAAGCAUCUACAUCUAGGUGAUACGGUGGAUCUUUUGCUUUUAACCCGGCACAAGGACUCAUCUGUUUUGUCUUUGAAAAAUAAACAAGGCAUAGGCACCAAAGAAGAAGCUCCUGAUUCCUUCUCAAAGCUUAGUUUUACAUCGAAGGUGGAUUUGUCAGUAAGAGAGGCCAUAUCUGAAUUAGAUGGUUGGUUAGCUAGAGUUGAUUCUGGACUUGAGGAUGACCUGGAGAAACUUCCUUUUGUUAGUUAUGCCCUGGAACAGCUUGAGGAGAGGAAUAAAUAUUGGAUCAAGCGCCAAGUUUGUAAUGGCGCCUCUGUUAAUAGUAGUUCUUCACAGUUUGUAGUAGAGGGAUCAAUACCUGCAUCCAUUGCUGAUAAUAUGUUCAAUUGCGGACCACAAGUCUCCCUUAAUGAUGAUAAAUCAGCGGACCAGAGUGACUCUAAACUUUUCAAAUUACAUGCAGAGGUCUUCUUGGAUCCUGUUCUGGAUGUGAAUCAAUUGCGAGGCCCUGUAGAUGCUCCAAUAUCUUCCUCUGGGCACCUAAAAGAUUUGAAAGUGCAUGAGAAUGGGCUUAAGGAUAAAACGGAUAAAAAGGAAAAUAAUUCUUACAACUUUUACCAGGCAGUUGAUGGCCAGUAUAUUAUACUUCAUCCGCUGAAUUUGAAGUGCCUUCUGCAUCACUAUGGGAGCUACGAAGACCUCCCUCACAGAAUUGGUGGAAAGAUAUUGGAAUUAGAGAGUGUGACUCAGUCAGAGGCAAUUAGAAAACGUUACCGGUUUAUAAGCCAUUUUUCUCUAACAACGACGUUCCAGCUAUGUGAGAUUGACCUGAGCGAGAUGUUGCCAUCUGAUAGCCUGCUUCCAUUUAUGGAUGAAAUUAAAAACCGUGAAAAUCGUCGAAAGAGGCUUGCUAAGAAGGAACAAAAGGAGAAAAUCAAAGCUGAAACAGAAGCAAUAUCACAUGAUCUUUUUAUGCACUAUCAGAGUGAAGCCCCCACUUUCUCAAUAGAUGAGUUUGAAGCUUUGGGAAAUGGUAACGUUGUGUUGUCGCCGUUAUCAUCAAGCCCACAAACAACAACAGUUGGGGGAGGAGAAAGGAAGCUGUUUUCAAGUGUUACAAGGCUAGGUUUUGCUGCUGCUCAUGACUCUCCAGCUUUGAGGGGAACAACAAAUGAUGAACAUAAUCAUCAUUCUCUGCCUAAGCUCGAAAUAAAUAGUAGCAGUAGUAGUGGUGGAUCUAAGGCUACAACUGGUAUAGUAGGUACGAGCCAUACAGCAGCUUCGUUUGCGAAUGUUAUAUCUAGAAAAAAGUCUUCUGAAGGUGGAGGAGUAGUAGAUGCACAAAAUAAUGUAAGCGAAUUACUCGGAAAGAAAGGGAAGAAACCAAAUCGUAUCCUCUUGUCAACUGCAGGUGCCCGCCGCUACUGAACCCCAAAGUUUGUUUUUGUUUUUGUGAAUACUAGUUGGUUGGUAUGUGUUGUGUACAUUAUUUAUUAUUAUUAUUAUUAUUAUUAUUAGUUAAGAGGAGAAAUUUGCAAAAGAAUAAUUUAUACCUCUUACUUAUCCAUGUUUUAUUCAUACUUUUUUUUUUUUAUCAACUCUUGUUAG